UACAACAGAACCUCCAACCACAAUGAAUCUUCCCACAACAAAUGCUGAAGCUCAAACGACUGCAACUGAAACUGCCACCACCAUAGCUUCACAAACAACAAUACCACCUACAACAAUGCGGGCUGAAUUUACAACUGUUGCUCCCACAACAAAAACUGCUCCAUCAACAACAGCAGUUCAUACAACAUUAGGUACUCCAGCUACAACAGAAGCUCCAACCACAACCAUUACUCCAACCUCAGCUGCAUCAGCUUCAACUUCAUCCGAAAGUCUGACCAGCACAGCAGCCCAAACCACGACGAGUCCACGUAGAAUCAUGGGCACCUUUUCAAUUUUUAUUCGGCUCGUGUUCCACACCAUCAAGCCUGUCCCCAGUGAGAGCAAGAUUCUCACUAUGGCCCACACUCUCUUGGAUGCUCGACUAUGGCGGGUGAAUGCUCCAGUGAGAGUGCGACGCAGUAUAACGCAGUUGAAUGAUCCUGUUGCUGUGCAGGAUAUUACUUAUCAGAUACUAUCCAACAGUUCCUUUGCCUUGGCACUGCGAUAUCAGAUAAACAACGUGAGCAUGCCAGAACUCACUGAACUCAGGACCGAGACGUACAAACUCAUCCAGGACUCCAUUAACAACCUGCUGAACCAAAUUCUGACACAACCUGAUGCAAAUCCUUCCAUCUUUCCACAAGCAAGUUUUACGGAUACGGCAAACCAGAUUCAAGCCAUUGUGGACUAUGUCUACCAGGAAGGUGACAUCCAAGACCCAAGUGAAUUCUUGACUGCAGUACUGACAGCAAUUGGUUGGCUUACUACAACUACUACGCCGACAACUGAACCACCAACCACAACAGUUACCCAAACAACAAUACCACCUACUGCAGAAUCUAUUACUAUCAUUCUAACAACAAAAACAGUUCCACCUACAACAGCAGUUCAUACCACAUUAGGUACUCCAGCUAAAACAGAAGUUCCAACCACAAUGAAUCUUCCCACAACAACUGCUGAAGCUCAAACGACUACAACUAAAACUGCAACCACCAUAGCUGCUCAAACAACAAUACCACCUUCAACGAUUGCAGCUCAAACUACAACUAUUGCUCCAACAACAAAAACUGCUCCAUCAACAACAGCAGUUCAUACCACAUUAGGUACUCUAGCUACAACAGAAGCUCCAACCACAAUGAAUCUUCCCACAACAAAUGCUGAAGCUCAAACGACUGCAACUGAAACUGCCACCACCAUAGCUUCACAAACAACAAUACCACCUACAACAAUGCGGGCGGAAUCUACAACUGUUGCUCCCACAACAAAAACUGCUCCAUCAACAACAGCAGUUCAUACCACAUUAGGUACUCCAGCUACAACAGAAGGUCCAAGCACAACCAUUACUCCAACCUCAGCUGCAUCAGCUUCAACUUUAUCCGGAAGUCUGACCAGCACAGCAGCCCAAACCACGACGAGUCCACGUAGAAUCAUGGGCACUGUUUUAAUUUUCAUUCGGCUUGUGUUCCACACCAUCAAGCCAGUCCCCAGCGAGAGUAAGAUUCUCACUAUGGCCCACACUCUCUUGGAUCCUCGACUAUGGCGGGUGAAUGCUCCAGUGAGAGCGCGGCGCAGUAUAACGCAGUUGAAUGAUCCUGUUGCUGUGCAGGAUAUUACUUAUCAGAUACUAUCCAACAGUUCCUUUGCCUUGGCACUGCGAUAUCAGAUAAACAACGUGAGCAUGCCAGAACUCACUGAACUCAGGACCGAGACGUACAAACUCAUCCAGGACUCCAUUAACAACCUGCUGAACCAAAUUCUGACACAACCUGAUGCAAAUCCUUCCAUCUUUCCACAAGCAAGUUUUACGGAUACGGCAAACCAGAUUCAAGCCAUUGUGGAAUAUCCUUGUUUUAUUUGUUUUUUUUCUGGUUUUAACUUUUAUUUUUAG